CGACAUCUUCGCACCACACCACAACAACGCGUCAAUUGCAUUCAUCCAAGCGUAGCAUCAAUCGAUUCUCCAGCUCUUCGACUAUCACAACAAUCGAUCACGAUCAUCACAAUGCCUCCAAAGAAAGCAUCCACCGGCACCAAGACCGCCGCUCCAAAGGCUGCUGCCACCCACAGCUCGUACCUUGACAUGAUCAAGGAGGCUGUUAUCUCGCUGAAAGAGAGGAGCGGUUCUUCGCGCCAGGCAAUCAAGAAAUACGUCCUCGCCAACAACAACCUCACUGGCGUGAGCGACAACGCUUUCACUGUCCAAUUCAACAAGGCGCUCCAGAAGGGCUCUGAUAACGGCACUUUCCUCAGACCAAAGGGUACCUCCGGCCCGGUGAAGCUUGCUGCCACUAAGACCGCCGAUAAGCCAGCCGCAAAGAAGUCAGACAAGCCUGCUGCUGCUAAGAAGGCCCCGGCAGCAAAGAAAUCCGCUGCUACGAAGAAGGCACCUGCUGCAAAGAAGCCUGCUGUUGCAAAGAAGACUACUGCCACCAAAAAGGCACCGGCGGCCAAGAAGACUGCCACCAAGACAAAGGCCAACACAGGCAAGGCACGAAAGACACCUGCUGCUGCCCCAGCUGUUGAGGACAAGGCACCUGUCGUCCUUGGCAAGACCAAGUCUGGUCGUGUCACCAAGUCCAAGGCACCGCAACCCGUGGCUAAGACUACUGCACCAAAGAAGAAGCCCGCCGCCAAGAAGGCAACUCCAAAGAAGAGUGCGACCCCGAAGAAGGCAUAAGCUGCUUUCCUCUUCUCACGGCAUGAUGUAAUUUCUGGCACCAGAGGUGGACGCUGACGCCCGCGUUACUUAUUAUCUGAUGAUCUACUGGAUUGGAUGUCGCCACGUCGGCGAAUGGUAGCGUCAGUGUUGGUGGCGUACGGGCGUCUGAACGACGGUUUAUGGUUGUGUGUGUGGGUGUGUGUGUGAUACCAAAGUGGUUUGCGGCAUAUGGUGUUUUCUGCUGCACUGGGCCCAGGAUUGUGAUUAAUCGGUGUUGACUGGACGGCGUUACGGACUUGAUGACGAGAGAUGUCACUAUGCAGCGCUACAGAAGAGUACAUAGUCUGGCAUGAAUUUCCUCUAACAUGAUCAGUGCUCAUUCGCGAGCUUGAUGGUGUGAUAGUUCAACAAUUGAUGUACUGUAGAUGCAAAUGUGCUGAGAUUUGCU